AUGACUGUAGGAUGCUGCAAUGGUUGUAAAGUUCUGCUAACUGCAAUGCAAACACAGGGAUACUGUGACGGUUAUUCAUCAGAUCAAAUUAUUCUUUCAUCUAAGCCUAGGAAACUUUUGCCAGCUUUAAUCGAUUCUGCAAAUGGGAAUCUGUCAGACAUCCACCGUAAAGAAGAAAGUGCCAUUUUAGUUGAUGAAAGAUAUUUCACUAAUCUAUGGGUGACCCACUUUCUCCCUGUGGUCGACAUUCUUGUGGUUGUUCUGGGUCUUCCCUUAAAUGCUUUGGCGAUUCAUAUUUUUGUGACGAAGACGAAGCUUUGGAAGCCGGCUGUGGUGUAUAUGCUCAAUCUGGCUUUUGCAGAUAUGCUUGUGCUGAGCAUUCUGCCUUUUAAAAUAUCAUACCUUUUUAGUGGACACAACUGGGUCUUUGGGUCUACUAUGUGCCAAUUGGCCACUUCUACUUUCAUCUGCAACAUGUACUGCUCUGUUCUGCUGAUGACAGGGAUCAGCGUCGAUCGUUUCUUGGCUUUGGUUUGCCCCAUGAAGUCUCUGUCCUGGCGCACAGCAAGACGGGCCUCUGUGAUCUGUUUUGCCAUCUGGCUGCUCGCCAUAGGAGGGGCGAGCCCACUGCUGGUCUUUGAGCUCACCGUGUGGAUACCUCAGAUGAACAUUACCACUUGCUUUGAGACGCAAAACAUGUCUGGUUCUGUGGAAUUCUUCAGCUAUUACUUAUUCGUCUUAUCUACUUUCUUCUUUUUCAUCCCGUUAAUAAUCUCUACCGCUUGUUAUAUAUGCAUUAUAAGGCGACUAUUUAUGUCCAGGUUUAUGGUGCAGCGAGGGAGGAAGAGACGUGCAAUCUUCUUGUCCGGCAUUGUCUUGUGCACCUUCUUUCUUUGUUUUGGUCCCGCCAAUAUCCUGCUAUUAAUGCAAUUCUUUUUUCCGUCUGAACAGCUUCAAAGCAUCUUUUUUGCUCACAUGAUCAGCCUUUCCCUGAGUGUCCUCAACUGUUGCCUCGACCCCUUAAUCUACUAUUAUGCCUCUUCAGAAUGCCAGAGGCAGGUCUGGAGUGUUUUGUGCUCCAGAAAGUUGCUUCUGGUUGGAAAAGUUAGUCAAACAAGCAGCAAUAUAGCACCCUCUCCCAAAGGCUUAGACCCUUCCUUUCCCAUUUAG